AGAGAACAAACUUAUUUCAAAUAAUCUCGAUCUCGUAGGAAAGAGGCCUGGUACCUUAUAGAGAAGCCGCCGCAGAGACCGACUUAAGUUCAGAUUCGGCUUCCAGCACUUCGCAGCGGUAUGCAAAGAAACCUCUUUGUCCUGAUGACUUCAGAGAUACUAUGGAUCAGUCCAGAGUUCUCCUCUGGGUAAAGGCAGAACCUUUUAUAGUGGGUGCCUUGCAAGUGCCACCUCCACCCAAAUUCAGUCUUCACUACCUCAGGAAGAUAGCCAACUAUGUGCGGACACGGGCCACAGAAGGUGCCUUCCCGCGCCUCUAUUGGUCUACAUGGAGACACAUUGCGUGUGGAAAGCUGCAGCUGGCCAAGGACCUAGCAUGGCUUUACUUUGAAAUAUUUGAUAAUCUUUCUUUGAGGACACCAGAGGAGCGCCUGGAAUGGUCUGAAAUUUUGUCCAACUGCAUGACCGAAGAUGAAGUUGAAAAGCAAAGAAAUCAGCUUUCAGUGGACACCCUGCAGUUUCUACUCUUCUUGUACAUCCAGCAGUUAAACAAGAUCUCCCUGCGGACAUCCUUGAUUGGGGAAGAGUGGCCCAGUCCCAGAAGCAGACCUCAGUCCCCUAGCCUCACAGAAAGGCCCAGUUGUCACAACAAGAAUUGGAAUGACUACUGUCACCAGGCUUUUGUCUGUGACCAUCUGUCAGAUCUCCUCGAGCUGCUUCUAGACCCAGGACAACUUAAUGUGUCCUUCCACUCAACCCACAGUAGUGUACUCUCUCGAGAAGCCAUCCUGGCGCUCAGUUUCCUCAUCGAAGGCACUGUAAGCAGAACCAGGAAGGUCUAUCCCCUUCAUGAACUUGCACUGUGGCAACCGCUGCAUGCAGACAGUGGCUUCUCAAAGAUCUCUAAGACGUUCUCUUUCUACAAGCUGGAAGCCUGGUUGCGAGCCUGUUUGACUGCAAAUCCAUUUGGCCCAUCUGCUUGCCUCAAGUCUGGAAAGAAAUUGGCUUGGGCUCAACAAGUUGAAGGUGCAACCAGAAGAGCUAAGAUUGCUUGCAAUGCUCACUUGGCCCCUCAGGUGCACCAAAUGGUGGUGAUGAGCCAGGUUUACAAGCAGACGCUGGCCAAGAGCUCAGACACUCUAGUGGGAGCACACAUCAGGGUUCAUCGCUGCAAUGAGUCUUUCAUAUAUCUGCUCUCUCCCUUGCGAUCUGUGACAAUUGAAAAAUGCAGGAAUAGCACCUUUGUGUUGGGUCCUGUGGAGACGGCCCUUCACCUCCAAGACUGUGAGGAUCUAAAAGUCAUUGCUGUUUGCCACCGACUGUCCAUCUCUUCUACAACAGGCUGCACCUUUCACGUUAUGACACCUUCACGCCCACUCAUUCUCUCUGGGAACCAGAAUGUAACUUUUGCCCCGUUUCAUACCCAUUAUCCAAUGCUUGAGGACCACAUGGCCAGGACUGGUCUUGCUACAGUACCUAACUACUGGGAUAAUCCAAUGGUUGUGUGCAGGGAAAGUGAUACAGGAGUCUUCCGGCUCUUGCCGCCUUGUGAGUUCUACGUAUUUAUUAUUCCCUUUGAGAUGGAAGGGGACACAACAGAGAUACCUGGGGGUCUCCCCUCUGCUUACCAGAAAGUACUGGCUCAAAGAGAGCGGAAGAUACAGAUCUGGCAGAAAACUGUCAAGGAGGCUCAGCUGACAAAGGCUCUGGAAACACGAGGAGUAGUAGAGGAAGGUGCCCACUGAAGACUGCAUUGGAAAGGCAUCCUUGUUGCCUUCGAGACCUCAGGCUUUUCUGUCUGUCAAACUCCUUUUGUUGGUUCCUGUUCUGCACUCACUUAGGUUAAAUUUAGCUUCUGACUUUCAUAGGAACUUCUUAACCUAUGGGAGGCUAUAAGACGCACAUGUGUCAUGCUGAAAUGGAACACUGGCCCAGGCAGAUUUCUAUGUACAUUAGUGCCUAAGUGACCAAGUGUAGGCUCACAAGCUUGUUUGUAUAGUGAAAGGGAUUGUCCUAGCUGGAAAGGUUAGCCAGGUGUGGUGGCACAUGCCUGAACUCGGCCCUCAGGAGGCAGAGUCAGACAGAUCUCUGUGAGUUCCAGGCCAGCCUGGUCUACAUUGAGAGGACCCUGUGUCUGAAAAAACAAGAGUUGUAUGGUUCUUUGUGACUAUUUAAAAGGAAAUUGCUACUUUCUUUUGAAAAAGAAUGACAUUAUGGUCAGUUGGUGUGUAAAUAUAGCAGAGAUAGUUUUAUAAAAUGGUAUUUUAAGCCUUAAAGUAUAAAACACAUGAAAUUGUGUAAAUUUUUUAUUAUUAUUUCCUACUUCAA